GCGAGCGAGAGGGAGAGAGAGAGAGAGAGCGAGAGAGAGAGAGAGAGUCUUUAGAUAAAAUUACAUUUAAUAUUUUAUUUAUAUUUACUGUUUUCUACAUGGCGAAGGCAGACUGCAGGUUUAACUCGGAUAUAAAGCAGAUUACAACAAAAUGAUGUGUUACUUCUGGUUUGAAAUCAAAAGUGAAAGUGUAGAGGAGGUUUGACUGGGGAUUUCUGUCUGAGGUCGGACUAUAUUUUUAAUCCACGAAGAUACAAAACCUUUUCUCAAUAAUGAGUAUUAGAGUAAUUUUGCUUGGAUUUUUCUUGACCAGCGUUUCUGCUGAUGGGAUUACAGAUCUGGUCCUGUCCUGUGCUCUGGUGGACGAAGGCGGUGGACAUGGCGGGAUGGGAGGCGGUUCCAUGUUCUCCCGGACUCCGGUGACCUUGGUGCUGAGGGACGUUGCCGUGGGACCAGACGAAUCUCUGGAGCUGCUCACUCCGUUUGUGGCCCCCUCGGUUCCUGAUCCAGACCUCAUCAUAUUUGAGGCUCAGGCGUCGUCCCCUGAGAUCCCCAACGCCGAGGCGCUGCUUCAUGCCGACUGUAACGACCAGGAAGUGAUGUGUGAGAUAAGUCUUUACUCUUCUCAAGAACUCCGGGACAGUUCAGACUCAGCCUAUUUCAUGGUGUCGAUCAAUGUGGAGGGCGUUGAAUCCAGUGCUACACUGAUACUUCAGACGCUGGCGGUGGAGAAGGACCAGGCCACGCUGGUCCAAAACAGGCUGGAUCUGCCUCUCAGCUCUUCUGGGACCCUGCUGACUAAAGUUAUUUUCCUGGUGUUCUCCGACACGAAGUCUGUGUCUGCUCCUGUGAAAGCGGAGAUCGUCCUCAGCUGUGGUUUUAAACAGCAGGACGCUCCUCUAGCGCAGGAAGUGAGCGUUGAGUGGAGACUGCAGCACAGAGGAAAAGGCCAGAAGGUGCUUGAUAUGAAGACACAGCUGGAUGAUGUGGAGGGGAACACAGAAAUUCAUGCUGUGAGAAGAGACUCAAGCAUUGACGUUGCCCAGGUUGCGAAUGAAGGCAACGUCUCUCUGACACUCGACAAGCUGAAGGUUUCAGAUGAAGGAACCUACAUCUGUACUGUCAGUCUGGGUCCUUUCCACUGCCAGCAGACCGUCCAGCUUCAGAUACAACAGCCGCCGCAAGUUUCACUUUCAAAAGACAAGCUUGUAGUGAAAUCAGCUCAAACGUUGAGCUGUCACUCCAAUAAGUACUAUCCCCUGGACAGUCAGAUGGAGUGGUUUUUCCUCUCUCCUUCAGACACAGAGCCUCAACCCUUUGCAGAACGGGCGUCUCUGUCCAGCCACCGGCAGCAUUUUGACGGGACGUACUCCCUGUCAUCUCACAUCACUGUGCCCCCGACCAUCUCACCAGGAACAAAAAUCACCUGCAGGGUGACACACGCAGCGCUGGACUCACCGCUCCAUGUGCACGUCAUGGUAGAAAGUCCAGAACCAGAAUCCUACUGGUGGAUCUUUGGUUUCCUGUUCAUCACGAUACUUUUCUUCUAUCAGGUGAUGAGAUAAAUGAGGUCUGCAUCAUCCUGAGCACAGAAUGGGUUCAGUGUGUCAUUUUCAGUCUGUAACAUCAACCAUACAUCAUGCCUCUCAUGCCACGACACUACCCUGCUGAACUGUGAAAAAAAAAAAAAAAAAAAAGAAAAAAAAGAAGGAAAACAUUUUGUUGGGUAAUCUCUGAGGAUAAGAUUUUGUGACAU